UUACAGCUCAGUCAGGGCCCACGGCGCUAUGUACGUGCGCGUGUGAGAGAGCGAGGGGCAACGGGAGUGUGCGCUUCGUGCGCGUGAACGAGGCAGAGUUGUGUAAUCUGUCCGUUUUGUGUCUCCCGUCUCUCCCCCCCUCUCUCGCCCGCGUUCCCGUCGCACCGCUGGCUGCAGGCGUCACACCGGCGCACAAUAAGGACCCAAAAAGUGAAAGAGAGAGAGAGAGAGAGAGAGAGAGAGAGGGGGCUUCCCACCCUGAAGGGAUCACGGAGAGUGGCCGUGACACGGGGAAAGAGCAGCAGAGGAGGAGAACUUCCGCGGGACUUCAUCACGUUUGACCGCGGCGGACCCGUAGACUGGACCCGGACUCGGUGUCGGUGGGAGCAUGCGGCUCGGUUUACUGUUCAGGCUCUUUGCGCUGUGGGGCUUUGUGGAGCUCACGACAUCCGUGACCAAGGCCGCCAAAAGGAAGGCGGCCGGCCGGAGGUCCAGACAGGUGUUUGAGGCUGAGCCUGUGGAGGGAGUGUGGUCCGUGUGGGGGGAGUGGUCACAAUGCUCCCAGACCUGCGGCGUUGGCGUCUCACACAGGACCAGGAGGUGUUUAGCUCCUCCCCCUCCACAGGCCCCUCCCCUCUCCCACUCGCCUAACUGGGCGGGCUUCCUACCGCAGGGGGGAGGAGGCCCUCAUGUCUCACCUGGGCGCCCCUACCUCCCGCCUCGUUACUCUGGGCAACAUCCAUCAUAUCAAUCCCCACCUUCCUCCACCAAUCACAACCCAGGACUUCCCCUGUAUCGGAAUACCCCCACCGGAGGAGGAGGAGGAGGAGGGGCAGGGGCUUCUCUACCUGUCCAGAGUAAUCCGUCGCCUCCUUUUUACCAGCCGGAUUUCCCCCCCGACAGCCAGCGUCCUGUGUCUGUGUAUCAGCCCCCCUAUCACACGCCUUCACAGAGCUACAACCAGCCGGCACGCACCAUACGGAGGCCAACCAGUCCAGGAACAGGAAGGGCCACUGGGGGCGGGAGCAGAAGGUCGGUCUCCACCAAUCGGGAGAGCCCGUCUGCGAGGAGGUCUUCCAGCAUCCGUCCCGGUCAGUUUGGAUAUGGCAAGGUCCCCUUCUCCUUACCGCUGCAUCGGCCCAACCGCCAGGCGCGCCACACCGCCAACGGCACGGACGCCGCCUCAACCCCGCCCCCAGCAGCUGUCAAUCAACUGGGCGACGCCAGGAGAGAGGAGGAGCGGCAGGGGAGCGACGUCGCGGAGGAGCGGGAGAUCACCGAGUCGCCCGCCGCGGAGGAGGCGCCCACGGCAACCGCAGCGCGUCGCCAGGGCAACGGAGCCCCGCCCCCGCAGGCGGAGCGCGGGCGGGGCAGAGAGCGGGUCCCGCCCCCUCGCCCCUUCUCGCGCUCCUCGCCGUCCCCGGCCUCCAGCCGCCGCUUCAGCUGGCACUCCGUCACCGCCCCGCCUCCCCCCGUCUCCCCCCUGUCGCGCCCCGCCUACCCGGCCUCGCGCUUCUCCUCCCCCCUCCACCGCCCCGGCUCUCCGCAUAGAGACAGGGAGCUCCCCAUCGCCGCCGUCUACCCGCUGCAGCACGGCCCACACCUGGGCGUGGAGCCGGGCCGCGACGCGGGACGGGCAGCGCCGCAGCUCCACAGAUGCUCUGGGCCGGAGAAGGAGCAGCGCAGGUGCUUCUCGCAGGUGUGUGGAGGAGGCGCAUCGGACCCGCGAGCAGAGCAGUGUGCAGCCUUUAACACCCAGGAGUUCAUGGGUCGCCUCUAUGACUGGGAGCCUUUCACUGAGGUUGGUGUGGACAAGCAGUGCGAGCUCACCUGCAGGCCGGCGGGCUAUCGCUUCUACGUUCGCCAGGCGGAGCGCGUGACAGACGGGACUCCCUGCUUCAACGUCGGCCCCAACGACGUGUGCGUAGACGGGAAGUGUCUGACCGAGGGUUGUGACGGGGUGCUGGGCUCCGGCACUGUGACCGAUAAGUGCGGCGUGUGCGGCGGGAGGGACGUCUCCUGCAGAAAGGUGACGGGGAGCUUCCACAACGUCACCGUUCCCCUGGGGUACCACAAGAUCCUGGACAUCCCGCCCGGAGCCACAUUCAUCAACAUCACGGAGAGACGAGCGAGCCCCAACUACCUGGCGAUGAGGAGUGGGACAGGGGCGUCCGUGGUGAACGGGCGCUGGGCCGUGGACCCUCCAGGUCAGUACCAGGCGGGGGGGACCACCUUCAGCUACACCCGGCCCCGAGCACAGGCGGACGGGGAAGAAGCCAAAGGAGAAUCCCUCAGCGCCCCGGGUCCGACCACCACACAGCUACAGCUUUACAUCAUAUUCCACAAGGAGAACCCCGGCAUUGACUACGAGUUUCACAUCCCCGUGGACAAAAAAGAGGGAGCGCAAGAGAGGCCGAAGGACAUAGAGCGGGAGCCAGCGAGGGAGACGCCCAGAGAAUGGGCGAGGGAGCGCGAGCCAGCGAGGGCGCCGCUCCGCAGUUCUCUCACCGUGUCCAUAGAAGAGCCGCCUCUCGCUCCGUCUGCUGCCGGCCCUUCCUUUCCCUCCUCCUCCUCCUCCUCCUCCUCCUCCUCUGUGUUUUCGCCCUCCUCAUCGGCCCGAUGGACACCUGAGAGGAUGCAGCGAGGGUCGGCGCCCAAUAGGAACGCUCGAAUCCCGCCGCGCACCGACCAGCCGCUGGACACGCAGUCGCCGUUUGUUUGGAGGAGAGGGGAACUCACAGAGUGUUCUGCUUCCUGUGGCAAAGGUUCUCAGCACAGAGUCCUUCUGUGUAUAAAUCGCUUCACAGACGAGGAGGUGCCAGAGAGGGAGUGUGACUCUGCAGCCAAGCCGGUCCCCGAGGAGGAGCCGUGCAACACGCACCCCUGCCCACCGUUCUGGGAGACCAGCGCCUGGUCGGAGUGCAGCGUGUCCUGUGGCUCCGGGGUGCAGCAGCGGCAGCUCCAGUGCAGGCAGAGCUUUGGCCAGCGCUCCACCAUGGUUCACCCGCAGCGAUGCGCCCACCUGACGCGGCCGGAGGCCACGCAGAGCUGCCAGCUCAGCCUGUGCUCCCACUGGGAGGUCAGCUCCGACUGGAGCACGUGUUCAGUGGACUGUGGGGUUGGACGGAGGACAAGGAGCAUCCAAUGCGUCAGUGACGAAGGCAGCACAGUGAACGACAAAGAGUGCAGCUCCAGGGUCCGUCCACAGGGAAGCGAGGAGUGCAACAUGGGGCCGUGCGUGACCAACUGGUACUUCACCAGCUGGUCCAAAACCUGUUCGGCUCAGUGUGGCCCCGGAGUGCAGAAGAGGGAGGUGGUGUGUCUGACUCGAGGAGGGGUCCGAGAGGGAGGAGGAGGAGGAGGAGGGGAGUGUGUCGGGGAAAAGCCGGCGGAGAUGAAGGCCUGCAACGGGGGCCCCUGUGUGCCAAGAGCCAUGUGGUACAGCAGCCCGUGGACAGAGUGCAACGUCUUAUGUGGGAAUGGAACUCAGCGGCGAGACAUCAUUUGUGUCCAGAAGACGGGGAAUGCUUUUACUGUCGUGCCAGCCAGCGAAUGUGCACAUCUGGACAAGCCAGCUGUGGUCCAGGAGUGCGAGAUGGGGGCGUGCGAGCCGCAGUGGUUCACAACCGAGUGGAGUGCGUGCUCACGCUCCUGUGGAAAAGGUCUACAGAUGAGGGAGGUGCGCUGCCUCACACCGGACAAAAGGCACAGCCUUGAAUGUGAUCCCGAUACCAAACCGGAACAGGAGCAGGUCUGCAACACAAUACCCUGUAGUCCAGAGGUCCCAGAUGAGAACUGCCAGGACACCCGUGACAACUGUGUGAUGGUGGUGCAGGCCAGGCUGUGCAUCUACUCCUACUACAGGACUGCCUGCUGUGCUUCGUGCACGCACAAUGCGCUGCGUGCCAAGAGGCACUGACCUGCCCACCAGGUGCAACGGAACAGGUGAAAAGGGCCGGUUUCCCCUACAGCAACGACAGCGUAGAAAUGGACGUCCCAGAGUGGACGUGUGACGGCGGAUCAGACGCGCACAGCUCUGUGUUACCGGGUUUUGAACCGCAGGCUCCUCUGAAAUAGAUUCUGAUAGCUUGUGCACCAGCUUUAAUGGGUUCAUAAUGUCACAGAGGGCUGAGUGAAGCAUUUGCUGUUUUCUACUCUAGGAGGCUCAUUUCUGUGCCUUGAUUGCAAUGAAAGGUGCUCAUUAAGGACACAGCUGUGUUUCAGCAGCCAAUACGGCCUUUUUAGAAGAUUCCUCCUGCUACAGAAUCAGACGACAGAUUUAGUCAGACCUGCAUACCACUAAUUAUGUGCUUAAAAAUAAUUACCAUGUGCUACAUACAGUAGUGUAGCAGUGUAUACAGUAGUUACAUGUGUCUGAGAUCUACAGGAAGAGAUCUGCAGAGGUCCCCCACUGGGUUCCAGUGGCCACCACUACUAAGCUAGAAGGAUUUCAUUUACAUGUCCAUGUCCUACGUAUUCUUUUCUGUUUGCCAAAAAUAUUUCCUCAAGCGUCCUCUUAUUUUUCAGUUCAAUAUUUGGACAGAUGAACCAAAGGUGUGAGGUGACAGUGGCUGAACUUGACCAAAUAAAUAUAUAUUAGAGCAAGAUGAGGAGUUUUCCCCUAACAAGAAGGUUGGAGGGAUUAGUCAAGCAGCCCAGGACCUGUAGUUCAGAAAGUUAAAAGCAGCCUUGUCUCAAUAGUUUCUGAUCAUUUGAGUUUUUGGUCGUUUCAUAAGUUUUAUGCACAACAAAUACAAUAAGGUCUAUUGUCUUUAAGCCAAGGAUCAGAAACUCUUAAUUGGGCUGAAGUUUAAAAGUUCUUUCCUGUUUUCUCACCGUGUUUCUUCCUGCAGCACCUCCCUGAGUGGAGCCGGUGAAUCUGUCAUAUAAGAAAAUGUAAAGCCACAUUAAGGAAGAGACAAAUGCAAACAUAUUGCGUUGAUUCGACUGAAAAUUUAGCAUAGUGACAACCUUUGUACACGCACGUAAGGAUUCUGCGACAGCUCCUCUUUCCCUUUGCAUUCUUUUUUCUGUUUCCCGCACCUUCCACUCAGAAACAUACUGUACUCGUCCCCCUCAAAGCUGAGGAGGCGUCUGUAUAUUUGACUGUAAUUUCUUUCGGAAAAAAAAGCGCUUAUAUUUUAUACCUAAGUAGAAUUAUAAGAACUGUUGUAGAUUGCAUUUAUUCAUAUGUCAUAUAACUAUUGUUUUAUGUAUUUGACAAGAAGAUUAGUGACUUUUAACGACUCCAUUCGCUUCAUGAAUUGUGUGAGAUGCAUGUGUGUGUAUGAAUGUGUGCUUUGCGACUGUGACUUUGAAUGGGUCAUUAUUUUCUCGAAUCCUUUGUAGUAAAAAUGUCGUUUUAUAUAAAAGCAAUAAGGAUAGUAAUUUAUCUGUUAUCGGAAGAACAUGUAAUUUAUUUUGUGUUUCAGGAGGUUGUAGCAUUAUUUUGUUACCAACAGAGAUGAGAUUAUUAAUACACAGAUGAUUUUUUAUCAUGAAAACAAACGGCGUGUAAAGUUAUUAUCUUAAAGCUUUGUUUUAAAUAAACCUGAUAAAAAAAGAAA